AUGGCUCCCAAAAGUCAUGGAAUUAAAGAUAUGAUAGAUUUAUUGAAGAAUGAUCAAAGCUGUGAUGUCGAAGCGAUAUGUAUAGAAGAACCAGAAGGUUCUGAAAUUUCUGAUGAAGAUUCUGCAGAAGUAGAUGAGGGUCGUCAACUAAAAGCUACUGCUAAUCCAUUUACUAGUGGAGUCUCGCGCCCACAUAUGCCAGUGUCGGCAGUGCUGCGCGUGCAGCACGCGUUCGCAGUGAUCGCCUCGCUCUCACUCACCGCCUACCUCUUCCCGAGGACUGCUGUUGUAAAAGAUCACAAUGAAUACGACUUCAUAAUAGUGGGCGCGGGGUCAGCCGGCAGUGUGAUCGCCGACAGACUGUCCGAGCGUGCGCAGUACAAGGUGCUGGUGGUCGAGGCUGGAGACGACCCGCCCAUUGAGUCACUCUUACCGGGUCUGUUUCCGUAUCUACCAGCAACAAAGCAUGAUUGGAAUUUCACGUCUGCUAACGACCAUCGUACAGCACAGAGUCACAGAAAUAAAGUUCUAAAUCUGACUGCUGGACAUGUUCUUGGCGGAAGCAGUAGUGUUAACUACAUGUUCUAUGUGCGCGGAUGUGAGACAGACUACGAACAUUGGGCGAAGGCAGCAAAUGACUCUUCUUGGAACUAUGACAAUAUUCUCCCACUUUUUAUCAAAAGUGAGAAACUUGAAAGCGAAGAACUUUUAAAUUCUCAAUUUAGACAUUACCACGGUGUUAAAGGCUUCUUAGGUGUUACGAGAGGAGACACAGAAGGAACGCAGAAAUAUUUAGAGGCUUUCAAAGAGCUUGGUCACCAAAUACUCUUCGAUAUAAACGGAAAGAGUAAACUUGGUUACACAAUACCGCUAUUUACUAUUGCCGACGGUAUGAGACAAACUACUGCAUACACUAACUUGGGCGCACAUAAAGAGCGGCCUAAUCUCCACGUUAUGAAAAAGACUUUAGUGACUGAAAUAUUAUUUGACAAUGACAACAAUGCCAUUGGUGUGCGAGCCCAAACUGACAAUAAUCAAAUUAUAACCAUCAAAGCAAGAAAAGAAGUUAUAAUAUCAGCAGGAGCACUAAACACUCCAAAGCUAUUAAUGCUUUCCGGUAUUGGACCUAAAAACCAUUUACAGUCUCUAAAUAUAAAGGUCAGAACCGAUUUACCAGUUGGUAUGAACUACCAAGACCAUAAUUUUGUUGUGGCUGCAAUUAAAAUGGAAAAAUCGUGGGGACCACCACGACCAAUAGACCCUCACAAAUUUCCCUUACCUACUUUCGUUGGCUACGUUGCAAGUAAUGCGUCUGACAUAUGUCCCAGUUAUCAAAUUAUUUACCCUGUGUUACCAAAUGAUUCUGAAGAGCUGUAUCAACUAUGUACAUUUAACUUCUAUUUUGAGGAAUAUAUUUGCCGGAACUUUUUAGAAGCCGGAAGAGGCCGAAACUUGUUAAUAGCAUAUAUAAAUCUGCUGCAUCCUAAAUCUCGCGGAAGACUUUUGUUACAGAGCACAAAUCCAACGGACCCUCCUGUCAUAUAUGCGGGAACUUUUUCAGAUAAAAGCGAUUUAGAAGAUCAAGCUAACUACUUUGAGGAAUACAUAAAAGUCCUAAACACGACAUAUUUUCAAGACGUCAACGCUGAAUUUGUAGAUCUUGAACUAAAGGAAUGUAAAGACUUAACCUUUUUAAGUAAGGAUUACUGGAAGUGCUACGUCCAAGCAAUGAUGACAACCAUGUACCACUACUCGGGUACGUGUUCUAUGGGGUCGGUUGUUGACAGUCAGCUGCGAGUUCUCAACGUGAAGCGGCUGCGAGUAGGUGACGCGAGUGUCAUUCCCUAUCUCACGAGCGGGAACACUAACGCCCCUGUUAUUAUGAUAGCUGAAAAACUUUCUGAGAUGAUUAAACAAUCACAUAGCGCCGCAAAAAGAGGAAAGUGAAUGUAAAAUAAAUUUGUCUAUCUUUUUUAAA